AUGUCCAACCCAGACGAGCAUAGCCUCGACCCACUUAACAGCUCAUGCUGCAUAUGUUUUGACGCAUAUGGUACUGGUGGCAUGCACCCCAGAGCUGAAGCUCCAAUCCAGCUUGCAUGUGGGCACAUAUUCGGGGACAAGUGCCUCUCAAAAUGGAUCUCCACCAAAAGUACCUGCCCACUCUGCCGUUCCAACGUCCAGCUAGCUCCCAAGAAUCAGCCCCAUUCGGUUCCGGGCCAGAGCUUCAGUCAUGAAGACCUCAGCCCUUUUCACGAUGUGGAGUACGACACUAACACCGACGGCGAGUCCGAAGCUGAAGACGAAUUCUUCGACGCGCAAGAGCAGAUUGUGAGCUCAGAGAGAGGUUCUAGCCUUCUGGACGAAGACUUGUGGCUGGCUGCUGCUGCAUACGAAGAAAAUGCCUCAUUCUUUGCAUGUGUCAAGCCUGGUUUCGAGCAUUUCGCUGAGUCCGUCACUCCCGUCAGAGACAAGUUUUUUGACGAGCUCGUCGACUGCCACGAGCAGUGGAUGACUGAAUCAAUGUACGACGAUGAAGGUGAAGGCGGGUUUUCCAUCAGCUACUAUGAUGUGUUCCCAUACUAG